CGGUCUAGUCAGAUAGUUUGCUGCUGAUUCUGCCAUUUCUGUCAAAUACAGACUAUUUUCGCUGUACAACACGUUUUAAAUAAUUAUUCAUAUAUGCAUCAAUUUAACGAGAAGACAAUGCGGUGUAGCUGUUUUGGAAGAAACUAAUAAGGCCUAACUGUACCUGUCUCAGAAGCAAUCGUUUCCUCCGACGCCAUGUUUAAAGUUUAUGGACCACUUAUCAAGAUUAUUCCCGAGUUUUCCAGUGAAGAAAAUGGAUAAAAAACGUUGUGUGAUGGUUUUACUCUCAAUGGAAAUGUUGAUUGGACUAUAUGGAAACAUCAUUCAACUGGAUUCAGUUUUAUCAGUUCAUGAAGGAGAUACAGUGGUAUUGUCCUGCUCCAUUUCAUCAAGACAAAUAAGUCUGGCUUCAUGGUACAAGCAAGUCACUGGAGAAGAACCACGUCUCAUCGCUUCCUCACUUCUCCUUUCAUCAGAAAGCCAAUUUCAUAAUGAAUUUGACAAAAGUCAUUUUGAAGUGUCAAGAGUGACUGAAACUUUUAAUCUGAAGAUCAUGAACACCGUACAAUCAGAUUCAGCCACAUACUACUGUACAACAUCUUUGUCUAAUUACGUUAACUUUGGAAAUGGCACUCGUCUGGUUAUUAAAGGAGCAGAAACCAGCAAACCCACUCAUCUACAGCUGCCCAAGUUUGAACUAGUUGAGUCGGCGGUAAAUGUGCCUCUACAAUGUUCAAUCCAAAACCAGUUUGUGAGUGGUGGAGGUGAACAUCGUCUCCACUGGUUCAGUCAUGGAUCAGGAGAAUCUCCUCCAGGAUACAUUUAUAUUCAUGGAAACACAAGUGAUCAGUGUGUGGAGAGCUCUGAAGCUGGCUGUCUUUCACCGACCUGCAUGUACAACCUCCCAAAGAGAAAGUUCAGUUCAUCAGAUGCUGGAAUUCACUACUGUGCACUGGCCACGUGUGGAGAGGCUUUAUUAGGAAAUGUUCCUAAACUGAAUCCAGACAACCCCAAGAGCCAGAACACACACAUAAUCUUUAUAGCUGUCCUUACGGUGCUGCUGACAUCAAACUUCACGAUCAAUAUUCUGCUGUGCUGCAUGAGGAGGAAAGAGUCUAUUAGUGCGAUAGACGGCAAAUAUCAGCAAAUCCAGAUUACUGAUGAUGAUGUGUCAAUAAUUCAGUAUAAGGAAGUGAACUUCACCCAUCACCACCAAACACUCAAAGAGUGAAGAGAAACAAAAGACAUGUGAUGGCAAAACCAUGGCAAAAAUAAAAACACAAACCGGCUGUAUUUUAGCUAGUAUUAUUCAGUAAUAGCCAUCAUUUCAAUUUUUUUUGAUCAGUAAUUAUAGUUAUUAAUGGGCUGAUAUGUUGUAGUGACUUAAAGACCAGCCACAGUUAAUAUUUUUCUCAAUAUCUUAUUGCAAUAAUUACAUGUAUACAUUUUUUAUUUGCUUUGUUCAUGUAAUAAACCUUAACAUCUACAAUAAUUUAAACAUUCUAUGCAUUCUGUCUAUGCCACCACUGUACAAUUAGUCAACUUUUGUUCUUAUAAAUGUAUUCUACAGAUAUAUGAUGGCAUAAAUAAAGUACU